UCACAAUGUCCAACAUGGUGCCCAGCUCACUGCCACAGUCCCAGUCCACCAUGUUAGCCACCCUGUGGCUGCUGCUUAGCUUUGCUGGUUUGACGCUAGAGUCUUACAUUUCGGUCACCUGUCCAAACAGCAAGCAAUGCCAACGAGCCCUGUUGUCAGGCAAUGACGUCCUCCUGCACUGCAACUUCUCUGGGGCCCAAUGGCAAUACUUCUUCAUGCAACAGAGGGAAGACUGGACCCCCGGCCUCUCGAAUAUCGGCAAUAUAGAAAUGAUACCCGAAGGCAGCAUUGUCAUUCGAAAACCAUUGCCCUCCCAGACCGGUGUCUACCACUGUUGGAACGAGGAUAAUACCCAAGCCAUACAGUACGAGAUCGACUUCCAGGACAUCACCACCUUGCAUAUUACCCACAAAAGCCUGCAUCAAAAGCCCCUGCAGAAUGACACGCUGCACGAGGGCGGCAGGGUGGUCAUCUUUACCCGGUGGGAGCCCUGGCAGGACUGUAACCGCUGUGGGAAGCUGGGUGAGCGCAAGCGCCUGGGGUAUUGCUACGUGCAGGGGCCCCUAGAGAAGGAACCCAUACCCUGCUGGCUCUAUCUGGGAGAUGUGGUGGCGUGGUCCAGCCGCAUGCGGCCUGAACUGCAGGUAGAAGCCUGCCUUGUCCCAUGCAAGAAAGAAAGGGUAUUCCAUGUGAGGUACGUCACCUUCGACAACUUCAACCUCGACGACGAGUCAGAAUCUGCGUGGCUCACCUGCCCCUUAGGAUCCAUCUACAGGGCCAUCAGCUGGGAAGCCAACAGCAUGCCCCUGACUUGGCAAGACCAGCUCUCUGGCAGGAACUUGGGCUCCUACCUAGACCUCUCCACUGGCGGCAGGAAGCUGCAGGUCUUCCAGCCGGCCAUUUACAGGUGCUUCGUGCAGCAGGAGUUCAUGGCCCAAUUCAACCCCGCCGCCCCGCAGGAGACGGAGACGCAGCAGAGGCAGCAGACGCCAGAGAGCUGGGCGGCACUGUACCGGGCUGGGCAGGGGAACGCGGACCAUGUUCUCAAGGGCUUGAAGCUGCUGCUGCUCGCGGGAGGCAUGCUGGCCCUGGUAGGGGUGCUGCUCAGGUACCUCCGGGACCCUCUGGGCAAAAGAAGCAACUGAACGCUGCUGGUGAAAUAAAGCAAGUCCACGGUG